UGUCGGUAGACGUGGAUGUGGAUAACGAUCUGGAAGCGUUGCUGAUGGCAAAGCAGUACCGCAUCGGUUUUGUGGGCAACUUUACGACCGAUCAAACUGUUAUACGGGUACGCAUUUAUACGAGCUGAUAAUGGCAUCGAAAACCUGUUUAAUCGUAAAGGUUAGUUUUUAAGCAGGAAGAUAAGAACCCAUAGUUGGAAGGUCGAUAUUUUCGGGUGAAAUAGUUUCCGCAUUUUUGAGUGUGUUUUCAGUGGUUUGUUUGCAUAUGGUGGUGAAUUGUUAACCAAAACAUGUGUAAAUUUUUGGAACAGGAAAUGUAAAGUGCUAUACAGUUGUAGCUAAUUUUGGGGGAAAGGGGGGAAAAGAGGGGGGUUUUUGCUGUACAAUAUGGGUGCCAAAAGUGCGCCACCAUCUUAGCUCAGUUUUGCUGCCAGGCACACAAAACAACCUGUUCUAAUACAAUAUACUAUGCAACGUUGUUUAAAUAAUAUAAAUGAAUAUUCAUUCAUUAAAGCUUUAACAUUUGAAAUGUUUAAUAUAGUUUUUUUUUUUGGAAAUCAACAUGUUUUCUGCAAAUUUACAUGAAAUACAAAUUAGAAAAUACAAAAUCAAUACAAUCAAUCAGGCGUAAAGUUGAGGGCAGUCGGUUAGAAUUUAGUUUUCUUUUUUUGAAUUUGCCUCGCAGAAUUCGUUAAGUAUGACACUCCUGUUGUGCAAGAAAUAGGAUAGGACUGGUGAUAGGACGAAAACUUGGUUUGGUUUUCGUAACAAAAUCAAUUUUGCCUCGUACAAUGUGGACCAUCUUAAGAGCGAAGAGAUUGCGGUGACCUCGAGCUGAAAGGAGCCCCGAGCUGGAAAAGGCUCAGAGCACCGAGGUUAUCAAAAAAAAAACAUUGAAUGACUGAAUUAUUGAGGUUUCUUGUUGUACUUUCUUUUUGUCUGCGUUGGGAUACAGCCACUGUGCCUCGCUCAAAAAGGUGACUUGGAAACCGCGUAGAAUUGCCUCUACGUAUUAUAGUUGAACUAGUGUUAGUACUAAUUAUAAUGGAAGUUUAUGUAUGAUGAAGUUAACUUUUUUUUUAAUGUAAUUCUAAAGAUAUUGAUCAUUAUGUGCUAUGAAGAUGUUUUGAUUUGAUUUUAUACAACAAUUUGAUUGAUUUUCUCGAACUGAAAAUUGUGCGUUCCUCCAAUCAAUGUUUAAUUAUUUCUUACGGUUAUGUCUACGGUUGAAUAGUUUGGCGUUUAACAUUGGCCAAUGAUCCCAUGACAAUAAACGAAACAUCUUAAAUGGUGGGUACUUUUCAAUAUCUUCCACGACGGUCACGGUUGAAUGAUUGUUGCAAAUUUUCAAUUUUCUGUUUUUUUCUGAACAAAAACUGUUUGCUUCCUGUAUUUCCCGGUGUAUAAGAUGUUCUUCUAUGUUUCUAGGUCAAAUUUCGACAAAAAGUUGCAUCUUAUUAAUGUGAAUUGAAUGCAACCCUAAAAACAAAGAAUGAAGAUCUCAUCAACAAUCCAUUUGAAAAAUGGAUGCUUCACAACCAGACCAUUAGUAGAACGCUAACCGAAUUGCUUUGGCAAACUUUCAGAAACGCUACGAUCCCGUAAUGAAUGAGGUAAUACAACGAAUGCAAAGUGACGAAUCGCUGUACGUUUCAUCACACGCAGAUGGGUUACAGCGUGUACUUGGUUCGAAAUAUGUACUCAUCGGCAACUCGCGAACUGUGCGCAAGGCAAUGGAAGAUCUAGAUCAGGAGCAACAAUGUAACAUUACCGAAAUACAAAUGGAUGGAAUCGAACAGAUGGUUGCACUUAUAAUGCCCGCCAGUAAUGCGUACCGCAAAAUGAUUAACUAUGAAAUAUUGCGCUACUAUUCGAACGGCUUGAACAAUCGAAUUAGUGAAGCAAUUGCUCGACGUCGAAGCAAAUGUGUCAAACAGAAACAAUUUCAUCGCAUCUCCACGGGCAGUACGACAUUUCAGCUUUACUUGUUUCUCAUGGGUUCUGCAUUAGCUAUCGUUUUUAUCGGCAUCGAGUUAAUGUGUUAUCACUUUAAAAAACGUACGAACAUGUAAGUUAUGGUACAAUUCAAUUCAUCUAACAACUUAUAUUUUGCCUUGUGAAAGUUGUAUUUAGUCAACACAUGCGGUGUUAACCGUACGACAUUUAGUCGUUAUACUGGAAUAAAAUAAC